UAAUGUAUACUAAAGUAUAUGCGAAAUACAUAUAUGAAAAAUAGUGUAUUAUAUAUUUAAAACUAUACUAAUUUUCUAUAGCGAAAUGAUUGAAGCGAUUUCUUGAGAUAAUCUGCGAGUUAUCUCAACGUAAAUCUCAUGUCAAAUGUCUCGCGUCUAUCCCUCUUCCUCUUCGACCCCGUAUUUCAAUCCCAAGGAAUUCAAAAAAGAAGAAUUGGAGAGAAUAUGUCCGCGAUAUCUGAAAUGGAUUAAAAGGGUCACCGCUUUUGACUUCAGCAAAAGAAAGACAGUUGCAAAGAUUGAGCGCUCGAUGCCUGCGAGUUAUCGUUUGGAAAAUCUGCAAAAAACACCCAAAAAGUCUAAAUCUAUAUUUUCACGGAUCAGAAAAGGAGGCGUCAAUCUGAGGGUCAGAUGUCGGACAAGUGCUGACCUGUGGAGGCGUUGGAUUAGGGGUGGGAUUAUGUAUAACACAGAACUCAGCGAAAAGGAUGAGAUAGAAAUUGAGGAACAGAAAAGUGACACCAAAAUUAUUGUCGAUCAACACAUUGAUAGUAAACCUAAUGUUGAGAAUGAGUCCAAAACAGAAACAACUAAAGAAACAAAUGAGAAAAUAAUUGAGAAGACGACUGAAACCAAUAGCAAUAAAACAGAAACUAUUGAUAAUAAAAGUGUUGAAACAGAAGUAAAAAUUGAGGAAAAAGUAUUGACAGAAACAAAGGCUGAAGAGAAGAGUUCUGAUGUGAAAGAAUCGGAAGAGAAGGCAUCUAAUGGAAACAUAGUGUUGGGUGAGAAGGAAAAGCAGGGAAAUAACGAUGAGAUAAAAGUGCCCGAAGACAAGCCAUCGGUUGAAAUGACAACUGACGACACAAUUAUUGACAAUAAUGUAGAAAAAAUUGAAACUAAAACUGAGGAUAAAAUUGAAGACAAAAUUGAGGGUCAAAUUGAAGUCAAAACUGAGGCUAAAAUUGAAGUCAAAACAGACGAUACAAAUCCAGAAAAACCCGAAACUAAAAUUGAGGAUAAAAUUGAAGACAAAAUAACAGCAGAAACAGACGCUAAGAGUGUUAAAGAAGAGGUGAUUGAAGAGAAAAUUGCUGACAAUAAGGGACCCGAAGAUAUUAACGAUGAGAAUAUAUCAGUCAAAAAGGUAUCAGAAGAUGAAAUACCAGUAGAGAAGUCAGAAUUGGAUGUAAAUAAUAAUAAUAAUAUUGAAAUCAUUAGUAGUACUGCCGUAGAAAUGCCUGAAGUUGUGGUCAAAUAG